AUGGGUGACAUUGGACAAGAUGCCAAAAAUAUUGUUAUUAUAGGUGGUGGUAUCAUUGGUGUUUCUACAGCUUACUGGCUAACUCAACACCGGCUGUAUGAUCCAUCGAUUCAUAUCAUUACAAUUCUAGAAGCUACAGAAAUAGCCGGGGGAUCUUCUGGGAAAGCUGGAGGCUUAUUAGCAUCAUGGGCAACACCCUCUUGUCUCGCCCCCCUUAGUUUCAAAUUGCACAUGGAGCUCGCUGAAAUGUAUAAGGGAAGUUUAUGUUGGGGUUAUCGUCGUGUUCACUGUGCUGAUAUGGCCUUUGAUACUCGAAACAAUACUUCGGCGAAUGAAAGUAUCGAUCGCUUUGGAACAUUGAAGUGGAUUAAUAGGUCUGGCAUCAAAGAAUUCUCCGAGAUUGGCAAACCAGACGAUACUGCUCAAGUUCAUCCAAAGUCCCUCACCAACUAUCUCUUGAACCUCGCACAGGCUAAAGGUGUGAAGGUCAUCAUAGCACCCGCUACAUCGAUUAAUUAUUCUUCGAACAGAGAAGCAGUCCAUUCCGUCGAGUAUAGUGAACAUGGAACUCAGAGGCAAAUUCAUGCAACUGAUACAAUCAUUGCAGCUGGUCCCUGGUCAUCUAAAUUGCUUCCUCGUAUUCCAGUAUAUGGCGUUAGGAGCCAUAGUAUCUUGAUGAAACCUUCAAAAUCAUUAAGUCCUUACGUUUUAUUCCCAAUUUUUGACCCGCCAAUCUCGAAAGAAUCCCCAGAGUAUAAGGAGAAUCACUCCAUGCAAUGGAAUGACAAGGAAACCAUCAUAGACAACAUAGAAAUUUACCCUCGUCCCGGCCCGCCAUUUGAUCCCGAAGAGAUUGUUUAUAUUUGUGGCCCUAGCGAUUAUCCACCACUACCAGAAAGUACAAACAAAGUCCUAGUGGACCCAAAUAUGAUUGCGAGCAUAAGAUACGCUGCGUCGACAAUUUCCCCAGAAAUUGAAAAUGGUGAAUUCGUGCUGGGCCAAGCAUGCUUCAGGCCCCAAAUUCAAAAACAUGCAGAGGGAGAAGCGGUAGGCCCAAUCGUGGGGGGUGUUCCAGGUGUAACAGGACUAUGGAUAGCGACUGGACAUGAUGAGUGGGGAGUGCAAAAUUCCCAAGGAACUGGAAAGAUUCUUGCUGGAAUGGUGAUGAGAGAUGAGCUCGAAGGUGUGGAUGUAAAGGCUCUCGAUCCUCGAAAUUUCUUUGGAGAGUAA